ACCACUAAAAUAAUGCAAUAAACUAAAUAAAAAUUGUAGCGCACACAGAAGAGACACGAGGCCAAAACAAAAUUGCUUCAAAUUUCCAAUGAAAACAAGCUACGUGGCGAGCAUCUAGAAGUCAAUUGGGAGACAAAAGGAGAAAACAUUGAAGAAGAUGGGGUUGGGAGUUUCUGCUCUUCCAUUUACCUUUGUGGCUCACCUUCUAGCAGUGGCUGCUAUUGUCAUGGUCUUGUUUUGGAACAUACACUUCAGGGGUGGCUUAGCUUGGGAAGCUACCAACAAAAAUCUCAUAUUCAAUAUCCAUCCUGUUCUUAUGCUAAUUGGAUUAAUAAUCAUGGGAGGUGAAGCUAUCAUAAGUUACAAAGCUCUACCCCUGAAGAAGGAAAUUAAGAAGUUGAUACAUCUUAUUCUCCAUGCAAUUGCACUAGUACUUGGAAUAGUUGGAAUUUGUGCUGCCUUCAAGAAUCAUAAUGAAAGUGGCAUCGCCAAUAUGUACAGCUUGCAUUCAUGGCUUGGCAUUGGAGUUAUUUCCCUUUAUGGGAUUCAGUGGAUAUUUGGGUUUGUGAUGUUUUUCUAUCCUGGAGGGAGUGAAUCACUAAGGAAAUCCCAUGGCCCAUGGCACGUGUUGUUUGGGCUGAUAGUGUAUGUGCUUGCACUUGGGACAGCUUCUCUUGGGUUCUUAGAGAAGCUCACAUUCCUGGAGAGCUCAGUAGGUGUGACUAAAUAUGGUUCAGAGGCACCUAAAUAUGGUUCAAAGGCACUCCUUGUUAACUUCACUGCCAUUGUCACAAUCUUGUUUGGUACUUUUGUUGUCUUGUCUUCUAUUUCUUCUGCUCCCGGUGAAGAUGACUAUUCACCCAUAUAAUAUGGUAAUAUACUCUCAAUUCCUUUUCAUUUUCAUAUACAUCACUUUUUGUACAUCAAUGUUCAAUCCUAUGUGUAUUUAGUAUUUACUAGUGGGAAGUAAGUAUUGUAAUUUGUAACUGAACGAAAAUAAAAUGGCAUAAUUAGAAAUAAUGUUUAUUAUUAUAUUAUUAUU